AUGACAGAUACAACAACUACUUCAAUUACAACUACAAGCACGACAUCUUCAUCAACAACAUCAACAAGUUCAAGCACAAGCACAUCAAUAACUACAAGUUCGACAUCUUCAUCAAUAACAAGCUCAACAGUGAAUAAUACUUGCAGAGACCUUAAUUGGAAUCAAACAGGUGUGGUUUUUGCUAGUGGUUUUAAUAAACCACUGGCAUUGUAUAUUGAUGCAAAUGAUUCUGUUUAUGUUUGUGACAAAGAUGGCCAUAAUAUUGAAGAAUGGGACCAAUGUUCAUCAAAUGGUGUGGUAGUAGCAGGUAGCAAUACCAGCGCUUCGGGUUCAACCUCAGUAUUACUUAACCAUCCGGAGGACGUUACUUUUGAUAAAAAUGGAUAUAUGUAUGUAGCUGAUACUGACAAUGAUCGGGUACAACGCUUUCCUUCUGGUUCUAAUAACGGUACCACUGUCGCAGGAACCGGAACUGCAGCAAAUACAUUGGUCGGUUUGAAUAAACCACAGGCAGUUGCUGUUGAUUCGAAUUCUAAUAUUUAUAUUGCUGAUAAAGGCAACAAACGUAUAAUGAAAUGGACUCCAAACGCAGUCAGUGGCACUAUUUGGCUAAGCGACAACGACUUAGAUCAUACAAUUGACAUUGUCAUAUCGCCAACUUCAACAGAUAAAAUAUAUACAACUAGAGACGACAAAGAUGUAAUAUACUCAUGGACAAGUGGCGCAGCUAGUUCGCCGGCGACUUUUAAUCAAGUAAAUGAUACUACUAAAAACACUCUUAACAAACCAAGAGGCAUGACUUAUGAUCUAUAUGGUAAUCUGUAUGUUGCCGAUAGGGACAACGAUCGAAUAGUAAUGUUUUGUGCGAAUUCAACAGUUGGUAUUGUAGUUGCUGCAGAUACUGGUACAUCGCCUAGACUUGAUAAGCCAGUAGCUGUUGCCUUGGACUCGAAUCUUAAUUUGUAUGCGGUCACUGAAGCUGGCAAAAAUGUGAUCAAAUUCGGACGACUAUAA